UCGACUGCGCUGGUGACAAAAUGUUUGGUUACAGAAAAACAUGUAUGGAAUACUUAUGUGAACUUCAGUCUGUGAGAUUCCGUGUGUGAAUUGUCCAUAUCCUAAUGUGCUGGUGGAGAAAGUGCACGUCACCGAACUAGAACUCCAUCCAAGCAUGAAAUGUUGGUGCAGCGCCCUGGCACUUCUCCCAUGGGUGCUGGUGGCCAUAGAUGCCCAGCUAAUCUGCUGGCAGGCGCUCCUUCGGUGCCACGACGAACCUGAGUGUGAUCUCGCGUACAGUCAGUACUUAGCGGCCUGUGAGGGGAACAUCCGAGGGACGAGGAGGCAGUGUCCGAGCCACUGCAUCAACGCGCUGAUCAGGCUCAAUCACACCCGCAGCGGGCCGGACCUGGAGACCUGCGACUGCGCCCAGGACCUGGAGUGCCUCAGCGCCAAACAAGCCAUAGAGCCGUGCCUCCCCCGCAGAUACCCGAGCGACGCCGGGGGGAUAGGGUGCAUGGAGGCCCGGCAGCGCUGCGAGGAGGACAGCAACUGCCACACCUCCCUCACGGCCUACUUGUCGUACUGCGGGCAGUUGUUCAAUGGCAGGAAGUGCUCCUCAAAGUGUAAAGCCACCAUUCAGCAGAUGCUGUUCAUUCCAAAUGGCAUGCUGCUCAACCGCUGUGUUUGCGAUGGGGUAGAGAGGCCUUUCUGUGAAGUGGUCAAGGAGAACAUGAGCAAACUUUGCGCCAUAGGAGACCACAAUGUUAUUUCAGACCAGCCUGAUGUGGAGGACAUGUAUGAGGAUGAGGACUAUGACCCUAAAGGUGACAGAGAGGAGGUGUAUCCUGACCAUUCCUCUGCUUCCCAGAGGUCGUCCAGCUGCAUGACCCUCCUGUUUCUGUCUCUAGCACGGAUAUUAUACUGAGAGGAUCGGUACUUGAAACAUUUGUUGGCUUUAUAAAUGAGCGUGUGUGGGGGGGAAAUGACUGUUCAAGAGUGUAAGGUCACUCUUGACUUACUCUAAGACACUUCAGCACAGCCUUGUGUUGCUGGCACAGAACUUGAACCCAGGUCUGCUGGAUGAGGAAAGUUAUUUUUCACCCACAGGACUCCGUGCCUUACCAUUAGUUGCAUGGAGACAGAGAGCACAGUAGUGAUUUGUGUAGGCUUUCCACAACUGUACAAUUUGCAUAGUUAUUCUGACUCAGGAAAACUGCUCUUUUUGAUUUGUAAUUCAAAUCCUCCCGUAGAUGGCCUUGCAGUGCUCUGAGUGAACUGCUCACUUUUUUGCUGAGUAGAGGAAAGCCUGUUGAGAAAAAUGGCAAAAAUAUUUUCAAGGUGACGGUGAGAGGAAAUGAACCAAAACCAGACUUUUUUGCAGGGCAUUGCCAUUUUGUGUGCCUUUAAAAAAAAAAAAAAGCUCCUGUUUCUUUGGUUUGGUUUGAAUGGUACUUGGAGUGUGGCUUUAUUAAGACCUUAGACAAACAUUGGACCCAUACAGUCUCUGUUUGCUCUGCUCUCCAUUUCAGGGGCCACUGCAUUGUUGCAGAAACCACACUUCAAAUAUUUGUGGGAACAGUCAGAGGACAGGCAAGGGUGUGGGAUCAAGUACUUAAAUUAACUGAAGCGCCUCUCUAGCACUCUGUCUGGGGCCCCUCCCCCGGUUGAGAUUGUUUUAUUGAACUUUUCCUGAGACCCCGCCGCCCCCCACCCCUCCUUCCUCCUCUCUACUGCCUGCCCCCUUUCACGCCUUUAAAAGACCCCCAUCUUUAUUACUGCUUUCACACUGAAGCAACAACCGAGGAAAACCUGUCUGCUGCUGGUGUGAGGAGGGUCAACAUAUCAUACCUGCAGUUUGUCCGCAGCUCUGCUCGUGACAGGAGGUCUGACACCGCUUGGUUUUGUUAUGCAGGAAACUUUAAACAAACCGCGUGAUUAGAACGUAAAUUAGUUUUUAUAAACUCACUGAACAAAGAAAGUUCAUUUCAUGGGUAUGAAGGAUUAUUAUUAAGUGACUGUAGCAGUGUCACAACAGUGACAACAACAUAUUCACUCAGAAAUAGUCUGACAUGAAUGGUCAAGCACAGGUUGAAUGCAUGUUAAUUAUUUUGGUCACACAGCACUUGUGAGGAGUUUGAGAGUGUUGCUAACUAAAGCAGAGUUUUCUUAGGCCACGUUUUAACAUGCAGGGUUGUCACUAAGUGCUUUUUAAAUGAACUUGCACAAAUACACAUAAAGGUCAAACUAAUUACAAUGAGAUUUAGUUCAGUUCACAAAUUCCUCAUAAGUGUCUUCUUUGAGGGCUUUUAUUUUGUGUGUUUUUGUUGUUGGAAACAUUUACAUAAUAAGAUGCGCUAUAUGGCGACUAAGCAGCGUACAGAGCUGAUGUUACCUGUUUGUACUGUAGGUCCAGGAAGUCGAACCAGCAGCCACGUUAAGCUGUUUAGCAAAAAGGGAAAGUAAAAAAAAAAAAGUUUUUGUUUGUAUUGAUCACUUGUAAAAUGAAGCUGUCCAUUUGUGU